UUUACAAACUUUGUUCAAACCAGAAACUGGAUACAUCUGAAAACGGGAUAAUAAUCGUUGUUGCUAUACAUCCUGACCUCAUACUUCCUAAAUUUUUGAUACGCUACUUAUACAAUGUUUCAUCAUUUAUCGUUUGAGCGAUACUAAUAUCUAGGAAAGCUUAGUUCUUUCACGAAAACUGAAUGCACAUAAAUUGUUCCAUUAAUGCCCCUAAUAUUUUCCUUGCUAUCAUUUACGAGAAUUAUAACGGGACUGCUUGGUUUUUGAAAUAUUCCCUUUAAAUUAGUAAAAUGUUGCAACCAAAUAGUACUUUUUUUGCAAUAAAUAAUGCCAAGAACUAUAUUAUACGAAGUAAUAUGAUGAAAAUGUUAAUCCCCAGUUCAUUUCAUUUUAUACAUACUUCUGUAUAUUGCAAACAACAGCCUAAAUUACACACCCAAAGUAUUUUAGUAUAUGAAGGGCCUCUCAAAACUCGCAUCAAGCGAGUUAAAUUGCUUUCACUCACUUCCAGUCUGAUGGGCUUCGCAAUACUGCCUGUUGUGAUCAAAGAUCUCAGCCAAACCAGCAUUGCUCUCAGUUGUGGUGUGGUGUUUAUUUCUUCAUUUUUCUUAUCGACUCCAUUGUUGCUUGACUGGAUUACCAGACGGUAUGUCACACAGCUUCGCUAUGACUCCUGCACUCAACUCUUUACAGCGACCACUUUCAAUCUUCUGUGCCAGCAGAAGGAACUUCAUUUCAGUGCAGAAGAUGUCACAGUGCCAGAUUUGCCAGGUCUGCUCACUUCUUUUCAAGCGAAGGGAAUACCUCUCUUUGUGGAUGCCAACCAGGUGAAAAAUCCUGAAGCAUAUUCUUUGAUGAUGGGGUAUGACAAACCAUUGGACUUAAAACUCUCUACAGAUGAAAAAAAAGAGAAUGCUUCAUAACUUAUUAUUUAUUAUGAAAGAUUUUUUUUUUUCCUUCCUUUUAGAAAUGAUGAUUUCUAAAAGAAAUGGAACUAUUUUGAAUGAAUGAUUAUAAUUUCUUUCAAUAAUUAGGCUUGUUGUAUUUAAUAAAAAUG